AUGGAUGAGGGCUUUUGUAUUAAGCCACGAGGCGGUGGCUAUGUUGGUGGCGGUGGGACCAAGUGUGGGCGGUGGAAUCCAACCUCAGAACAAGUGAAAGUUCUUACUGACCUCUUUAGGUCUGGCCUCCGAACCCCUAGCACCGACCAGAUCCAAAAGAUAUCGUCCCAGUUAAGCUUCUAUGGUAAGAUCGAGAGCAAGAAUGUCUUCUACUGGUUUCAAAACCACAAGGCUAGAGAAAGACAGAAGCGUCGCAGAGUUUCAAUUGAUGAACAAAAAGAAAAUCACUAUCAAGGAAAGAAUUCGUCUUCUAUAACACAUUUUGCGGAGAUAAAUCAGAUUUCAGAGCCUGAGAGAGUGAUAGAGACUUUGCAGUUGUUUCCGUUGAACUCAUUCGGUACUGAAUCAGAGGCAGAGAAGCAGCUGAGAUUCUUCGCAAACGAUUGCAAAGGGACUGCGUCGUUUUCGUACGGGAUGGGAGCAGAGAUGGACCAUCCAACCCUGGAUCUUCGUUUAAGCUAG